AUGGAGCUCAAAAAGACUGGAAAACGGCUAAAAACAUGUGUCCGCAGCAAAUGAAGGCCUUCUCUAUCAAAGUCAUUUUGAUUCCCUUUAGCAACAAACCCUUCUAAUGACUGUUUUAAACCGUGCCCACUGUCUCUCAUUAUCACCACGUUGGUGAAGAAUAUGACAACUUGCGAGGGAUCUUUUUGAAACUGAAGUACCCAUAGAAGCUCAUUAAUUCCGCCAUAGCAAGAUUUAUCGAGUCGUGAAACCAACAACAACUUCGCAAUGUCCAGGCAAAUGCACUCGUCUGGAUUAUUCUGCCAUUCAAGAAACAAAGAUCAGCCGAGGUUGUAUAAGGAUAGCCGUUCAAUCUUGGAAAGAAAAUAAACAGCGAUCUGCGCCCAGUUUUCACAAGCAAGAAAAUUGCCGACGACAUCAAAGUAGCAGAAGCCAAACCACCAUUAAUAGAUGUACAAUGCGUUGUGUACAAAUUUAAAUGUGAUCUGUGUGAUGUGGAUUAUGUUGGCUCUACUCCCCGACUCCCUUUCCAACGCAUUGGUGAACACAAACACUCAACUAUUGGCGCCCACAAUCAGAGGAACAAAUAUCUACGCGAACAAUUUACCAUCCUUAAGGAAAGUCGUGGGCAAUUUGAAUGCUCUUUAUCUAAGAAAAGAAACCUAGACUGA